AGUUUAUUCUUUUUAUGUUACAUUGUUUUUAAUUAUGCUUUAUCGUCGAAAUAAAUAAAUAAAAUAAAUGAAUCGUUACUUCAAAUCCCCUAUCGAUGCUCUGAAUUGUUCAACUGUGUUUUUCUUAAGAACGGAUGAAAAUACAGUGAAAUUAUUAGCAAAAAACUAUGGAGGGUAAAGCCUCCAUACAAAAAACGAAAAAAAAAAUACAAUAUAUAUAUAUAUAUAUAGGUAUAUUUGGUCCUAUCGCCGUAUUUUGGUCCAAACAAUCUGCCCUUAGCCUAUGUCCCAAUAGUUAUGAACCAGCCUGUAUAAUUCUACUUAUUCGAUAUUCUCUUUACACCUGUAAAAAUCAUGUAAUUCAGUUUCUCCUUCAAUUAUUAAAAACUAAAACUAAAAUUAUCUAUAAAUAUUAGGAAUUCAUAUGUUUUAUUCAAUUUGAAUUUUCAAUCAUAAUGAAUUUUUCAAUAUUCAAGUUCUGUGGAAAUGAAUUUUGUCGAAAUAUCAUCAGACAAGGCUUGAAAGAAUCUGAAAUCGAAUCAUAAUCUUGGGGAUUGUGUUGUCGGGCUGAUCUGAGACAUACAAAUCAUUCUGCUGCUUUCAAAAUUUUUCUAGGAAAAUGUCGUAUGCAGUUGUCUGCUUUGUGGAUGAGUGCCAGGGCGAUUCAGAAGUCGUCCAAGAAGUGCCCAUUUCUUGGCUAAGGAAUAAUAAUACGAUGUGUAUGUGGCCUCCAUCAAACAUCUCGUAUCAUAUAAUAAACGGAACACCACCAUCAAGUUCAUGGAAAUUAUGUCCUAUCAGGUGUGAUCGAAUUUGUGAUAGUCUUGCAGAUGCUAGAAGGCGCUGCAUUAGGGAAUCAUCAUCAGAAGAUGAAAAAGGCAGAGGCCUAAGAAAAAAAAUUUUUUCGAAGCACCUGAUAGGUCAUUAUUCUAAAUGUGCGUCUCCACCAAUGGAGGAAGCUGACCAAUCAUCAGCAGAUUCAGAUUAUAGACUACAGGAGAUCGGGAUGCCACAACCAGAGAACGUAACUCGGUUAUGGCCUCAAACAUCUACCAAUUUUUACAGCCCUCCCUGCAUGACAGGGACAGUUGCUAUCGAACACAAUGAGAUCUUACGACACCCAUCAUGGCCAAAACAAACAGGUGUCAACCAACAUGAGCCACUUACCACUGAAAAUCGAUACACAAUACCAGAUCGACCAUCGUCCAUUAUCAAUCAAGAGGUUGGGACUAGAGUUGACAACAAUGGGAACCUAGAAAGAAAGAUUGAUAGGUUGACCGAGCUUGUUGGAAAAAUUCUCGUAGAAAUUGAAGAGAUAAAGUUGCAGCGAGGAAAAAAUGAGGUGCUGAAUCACACCGGUUUGAGGAAUGCAUUUCCGUUCACAUCUCUGGAAAAACUAAAGGAAUUUGAGGCAAAACUCGAAAAUGAGGAGGAGAAAAAAAAAGUGACCCAAUACUUCAAAUCUAUAGGAGGCUUGAAUUCCAAAGACUUUCAUUCGAGGGUGAUGGCAAGGGUCUUCACAAAUUCCCUUGCCAUGCAGUGUUCAUGGAAGGGGUUCAAAAACAAUUAUAAGGUGGAGAGUAUGUUACUCCUACAAUGUUUAUAUGAUGCAAUUUGUGGGGAAUACCCCACAACUCUGAAGGAAUUCGAGAUCCUAACAAGAGACUGGCUUCGCCAUCCGAAGCAAAGGAAGGAACGGGAAGCACCGUUGGCCAGAUCCUUGGCCCCCUGAAUUACUUAAUUCUUCAAUAAAAUAAAUGAUCA